AUGACAAUCACUGCACAGACAGAAAACAAUUACAAUAAUUUCUCUGUGGACUGGAACACUAACAAUUACAAUGAUGCUAAAAGACAAGAUCUCACCAGGAAACACCUAUCGCGCAUGCCCUAUAUCCCAAACAGAAGACAUAAAAAAAUGGCUGUUUGGACAGAUGUAAAGGAAAUCUUCUUCCCGUCUUGUAAUAAAAACUGUGAACUUGUUCUUGAAGAAAUGAAAUUGAUCCUUAAUUAUCCUAAAAGCGAGAAGUACAUGUACCCCUGUACACCAAGUGAUCACGUUGCUUUCCUCAGACAGUUCCGGUAUGUCUCCAUGGGAACUCUUUUGGUUCAAAUCAACAAAAUUGAUGGUAACCAAGUUUUGUGGGAAAGAGUUUUAAAACGGCAUAUAUCCGAAAACAGCACACAGUUUUGUUGUUUGCCCGCGACCAAGAGCCAAUCAACUAGUCAAGAGGAGACCAGCUUAACAGUUUUGAAAUUCCAAAAAACUUGCAUUGGAUCGCAAGAAUUUCUGGUCCCAGCCAUUAGAAGCAAACAACACCCAACCGGAAACACUAUACAAUAUAUUCCAUUGCACAUUUUGGGAAAUAAUGUACCCAAUAUUCGUAAAGAAAUGGUGGACUUUUGCGGUCGUCAUAUCGCUAAGUUCGACGACCCCAUGGUUCGAUGCUGCUCUGUUGAAGAGGCAAGACAGUUCACAAUAUGGCAGUUCAAUAAAUUUAGCGGCUGGGAAGGUUAUUGGCGACAUCUAACAACCCGCGAUUUAUUGGUUUCGUUUGAAAGCUGUAUGAAUCAUCUCAAGUCACAUUGCAAGGAUAUCAACAUCACCCAGACAGCUGAGGGCGCCGUAAAGAUUGAUAUGGAGAAUGGUGAAAAAGUAGGUGAUAUCGGAGCUUUUGAAGUGAAAUUCAAAGAAGUUAAAACAAAGUCUUACAAAUUAUCCCAAUUGUUUCCAAAUCUGUGUAGUAAUUAUCAAAAGGAAACUCCCAACGCUACUGUUAUCGGAUCGAUUCUGACAGAAACAAAAUAUAAGGACGUUCUCGAGAAAAAGCGGCAAAGAAUCAGAAGUCCUAGAGAAGAUACAAAUGUUAAAGGAAAUUUGGCCGACACUACCAGCACAGGGACAGCGAUAAAUACAUCAAAGAAAGAUGUAGAAGACUCGACCAGGUUUACAGGACCUAUUUCACAAAUCACAUCAGGUAUUUCAGAAACUAUGAUACCUAAACCGUAUCAUGCUACAUGUACACAACAACAGAGGAACUCUGCUACUAUACAAAUUCCUGAUCAUCGUAUCACUAACCAGAAUGAUAAAGAACACACCAGAACUAAGCAGAGAAUUUGUGUAUCUUUCACUAAAAUCGUCGAUGAUAAGACAUUGAUGAAGCUUGUUUCUUCUAAUCCCUUUAAACACAGCAUAGAGGCAUUGAAAGCCAUACGAAGCAUUAACACAGAGGAGAAAGGAUCUAGACAAAAGAAUAAUGCAGCAAGGACAGGAGACGUAAACGACAUUGCUGAGGUUAUGAGUAGGACAAAGAAAAAUGCAGCCAUCAUCCUACCUGUCAUUACAAGAGCAAGGACAUCGGCGAUGACAUCGAAGGACGCCAAUGAGAAAAACAAUUCAUCUGGAUGGUUUGACGUGACGAACAACUUGCAUGAGAAAAAGGAAUACCGCUCUUUACUUAAUAAGACGGUGUUGAAAGAUGAUAUGAACAAAACAUACAUGCAAAGUUGCAAGACAACAACCGGUGUUAAAAUGUUGAAUUCAGAUGGCACAACAAUCAUGCCCUCCAUUAAAUCAUCUUGUGAAAAUAAAACAACUCUUACGUCUAAUUUUAUUGAUACGUAUCCAAAAGAAAAGUCACCAAGUGGAAAGACUAUUAAAAACUCUGGUGCACCACAAUCUUCUAAUCACAGAUCAUACGGAAAAAUAAAAAGAAAUGAUUUGGAAAUAACGACCGAUUUAGCAAGAAGUUUGAGAAAUAACUCUUAUAAAAGUACAAGUACUCAUGAAGAUCAGACAUAUUUACAGAGUAUUACUAGCAGGAAAAUUAUGUCGUUGGAAGGUGAUGGAAUAUUCGAACAAAAUCUUCGGAGAUGUGAGAAUGAUGUACCAUGCGAUGGGGUAGAUUCUUCAAGAGAACCUGUACGUACAAAUGAAAGAAAAGAUACUGUAAGUACGGUGGAGAAUGCACAGGAUAACACAGGACCACAGAUUAUGUCUGCACUAGGGAAUGAUCAAGGUACUUCAGCAUGUAAUGGUUUGUAUUCCGUCGAGGUUUGCAGAAAUGUAGACGACGCUAUACGUUUAGGGAAAGCUGUAGAUGAAACGAAAAAUUUCAUGGUCGACAAAUUUGAUGCACAAAAGGAUUGUGACAGUUUUCACCCAAAGAAGAGAUGGACCAAGCAUUUCCUCGCUAUGAAUACUGAGCAGAAAUCAGAAGUGGUAGACAUUCUACAGAAUGACUCAGCAAACAAAAUGCCACAACAAAGCGAAGCAAUACAAUUUAGCGAGGAGGUGAAGAAGGAAGUUACAGAAAAUGCUGUAUUCGUUCAUGAUACAGUGCCAAUUGUACCAAGCGUCAAAGAGCAUGUUACAGAAAUAUAUCAUUUGAAGGAUAUGAAUAUUGACCACGAAGAAGUUGUUGAUCAAAAACCGUCCAAAGGGACUGUUGAGACGAUUCCGUCGGGUCUUUCUUUAUGUUCACAGGAUGUAUAUUUUGUAUCUGAUCAAUCCGAAGCUGAAAGUGGAGCGGAUGCAUUUGUGGAGGAGAAUGUGAAUACAGACAAUGUGAAAACAAGCAAAAACAAAGAAAAGAGUAAUGAAGGAUGCUCUGUAAAUAUUACUGCAUUUGGGCCUUGCGAUCCAAAGUUAACCAGUUUAACUACGAUAGAUAAACCAAAAAAGAACACCGUUAUAGAGACAUUAAAAACUAAAGAUACAGAUGUUGAAAUAAAUUCAGAAAGUUUAGGCAUUGUAGAGACAAAAUCUGAUUGUUUGGAUUAUUUAAAUCACGAUAGAAAGAAAACUAAGAAAAUAAAAAAGAAUGACAAGAGUAAGAAAGCGAGGAAAAGCAGACGAAGGAAACCAAAAACAGCAAGCAGUACAAGCGCGUGUUCGGUUGAUUUGGACGAGGGGGACGAACAGAAAGCUGUAAGAAUACAAAAUAUUAUCGACGAGCAGACGAGGAUUCUCAAUAUAUUAACAAAAAAGGAACACGAAUUAUCGAGAAGUCAUGAAAAGAACAGAAAAUGCAAACGCGUCAACGAAAAUGAGCUUAUCGAUAUUAAGGCAAGUUUUUCAAGGGGCGCUUCCGUUUCGACACCAACUCAACUCUUGGAGAAAGUUGAACAAAUCGACGACUCGGGGAGGAAGAAGGAUAUACGGAUUAAAAGAAAGAAUAAAAUAGAACUCAGACAAGAAGCAGUCGAAAUAAAAGAAGAAUCAAGGAGAAACCCAACAGGACAAGCUGGCAUUACAUCUAUAAGAACUGCGAAUCCAGCACUUGAAAUUGACAUAUUCGACAUAGGAUAUGACGUGUUCCGUGAUGACUCUGAAAUAGAGAUCGGGGGACUGGUGCUCCAUCCCAAGUUUGUUCUUCCUUACGUCCUUGUCAAUGGUUUCCGGUACAUCGCCCUUGCGGACGCUCACAAGUUGUUUGCCGGAUGCAAGAAGAAUUGCAAGAUAUUACGGAAUGUAUUGAAGACUGAGCAUGGUUUACAGCUUACCUACUGUACAUGGGAACAGGUAAGACGUCAUUCUGGUAGUAUGAUGAACAGUCACGAUUUGAGUAAAAUCUCAGACUUAAGUCCUAAUUUCGACUUAAGUUCUUUUCGAGAAAUCCAGGCCUGA